UUAAGGACCCUUUUGGACUGUUGCUUUUUUUCUGUAGGGGAUCGAUUUCUAACGCCCUUCUCACAUCGAACUAUUGGAUCUUUUGUAAUUCCAAUUCCCACCUAAAAUAGCACUAUAUUCAGACACCUGACAAUAUAGUAGCCAUCUCAUUUCGCGAGACCUCAAUUAGGAUCACAAAGUCCUUUCCAAAGAAUUUAAGUCAUAGGUGAAAUCUAAGUCAUAGGCCCUCCACCUUGUUUACCCUCUUGAGAUGGAGCAUCGAAUGGAAGUGUCCAGCGAGGCAACCCUCCAAUAGGCUAAUUUCUGGAAUACCAAGUGUGGCCAGUUCUCGCCUCCUCGGGAAACUCACCUUCUUAAGGGUAUAUAAAUUGUUUGGAGUUAGAUAGGCGCAGUAAAUUGUUCCAAUGAUCGUCCAUUCUUCCCAACCAUUUAAGGCACGCAGAACCGUUGUAAUAAUAAAGAGGACUGUCGUUACUUUAUAUUUAAUUUGACAUUUGUAACAAUAUUUUGACAAUAUAGGAAAUAUUAAAACUCUAUAAAAUUUUAUAUUAUGUGAUACAAUUCCUAUAUUCUGAAAGGUAUCGGUACUAAAUCGGUAUUCGGUAGUUUUAAUAAUAACUCUUUAACAAUUUUAUAUCUAAUUAACAUAGUUUUAGAGUGUUAUCAUGCCUGAAUGGUUUUUUUCAUUUUAUUUUAUUUGUAUAGGUUUCGAUUUAUACAAAUUUGAAAUAUUAAAGAUUUCUUAUUCUUAUAAAGACUGUCGCAACGCUGUCACUGUACCAUACAUAAAUGUAUGCAAAAAAAAAAAUCAUGAAAAUGAAUUAUAAAUGCAUGAUGAUGUUUUUCGUUUGGGUGAUGUUAUUCAGCAAUGCAUUAGGCACAAAUCAAGUUGAUAUCAAUGAUGUUUUAGAAGGUGAAAAUAUUAAACUUAUAUGCGAAUUUGGUAUAGGAUUUCAAAAUGAAAAAUUAAAUAUAAUUUGGGAAUAUCCUAAUAUGAAAUUUAAUAAUAAUAAUUUAAGAAUAAAUUAUACAACAGAAUUUAUUAAUGUUAAUAUUGUGUCAACUGUAGUAUUAUCGAAUGCACAACAAAUAAAUCAUGAGGGAAGCUUUAUAUGUAAAUUAUAUUUGGAAGAAUCAUUUAUAACAGAAAAAUAUUUUAAUAUUAAAUUUAUGAAAACUAAAGAUGGUACUAUAGAAAAAACACUUGAUAUAACAAUUAUUAUACUUAUUGUAGUAUUUAGCAUAAUAUUAUUUAGUAUUAUAAUAAAUUUUAUAUUAUGGGGACUACAUAUAAUAUGGUAUGGCAAGGAAAAGAAUAAUUCAAAUGAAAAUGAAAAUGAAAAUGUUUAACAAGGAACUUCAACACAUAAUUGAAUCAGAAACAAAACACAAUAUGAAAUAUUACAAAAUUCUACUUAAAUAUUGAAUUAAGCUUAUUAUAUAUACAUUAUAUAUAGAGUUAUAUAUAUAUAUUAUAUUGAGAUAACUCAUUUUUGUUAACAUAUUUCAGUUCGGUAAAUGAAUCAAUUGAAAUAUGAUUUCUAAAA